AUGGCAGAGUCUUCCAAUCAUUCUGAUGAAGCAGCUCUCAUGGCUUUCAAAGCUGCUAUCUCUCUCGAUCCAUAUAAUUCCUUACUCCAUUGGAAUCCCAAUCACACCUUCUGUAAUUGGCCUGCCAUUACCUGCUCUUCUCGUCGACAGCGUGUGGUUUCCUUGAAUCUCACUGGUAUGGGAUUAUUUGGCCCCAUCUCUCCCUUUCUCGGAAAUCUUUCCUUCCUCAGAGUACUUGCUCUACGAUAUAAUAGCUUUCACGGCCAUAUUCCAUAUCAGCUUGGAAGGCUAUUUCGCUUGAGACGGCUUCGGUUGUCUUCUAACAAUUUAAGUGGAAGCAUUCCACCUGAAUUUAGUCAUCUUUCAAAUUUAGAAGCCCUAGUAUUAGGAGGAAACGAAUUGACAGGGUUGAUCCCCGUUGCCCUUUCAAAUUGCACUCGUCUCCAAAUUUUGGAGCUCUGUGCUAACAACUUAAACGGCCCAGUUCCAUGGGAGUUUGGAAGGCUGUCAGAGUUGCAACAUGUGUAUUUAUGGCAAAAUCAACUCAGUGGAGAAAUACCCCGCUCAGUGGGGAAUUGGAGUCAGCUGGAACGCCUGGAAUUGGAGAUCAACCAACUGAGCGGCACAGUGCCCCUGGAAUUUGGUAAAAUGAAGCAGCUGAGACAGUUAUUUUUGUGGGGAAAUCAAUUUGUGAGUGGAAGCAGUGGUUUGCCUAUUCUAACAGUGUUAACUAAUUGCUCCAGCUUGGAAGAUCUUGAAUUGGCAUUUAAUCAUCUCACUGGCGUCGUGCCCACUUCAGUUGGUCGCCUUUCAAAUUCACUCUCCUUUUUAGCCCUAGACUCAAAUGAAAUAGGGGGAAACAUACCAGAAGAGAUUGGUAACAUCACAAAUUUAGCGACAUUAUAUCUAGGUGCAAACCGAUUCAAUGGGACCAUUCCAUCUGCACUCGGCAAACUUCCAAAUCUGGAAAGAUUAGAUCUGGAGGCAAACAAUUUACAGGGAAGAAUUCCAGAAAGUUUUGGACAAUCAAUAAGGCUUGGAUUGUUGUCACUCAGUGAGAAUAUGCUUUCAGUUUAG